AUGAUCUCGAUGCUGCGUUUGCUGGGCAUCUUUGUCGCCCUGCAUGCGAUCCCGCGUCAAGCUGCAGCUUUCAGCAGACCCAACUUCGUGAAGCUCGAGGCAGAGCCAGGCCAGGCCUCUCGUCUCUCAGAGCCACUGCCGAACGACGCGCCCAUCCUGCGGCCACUGCAGCAGUGGCCGGAAUGGAAGCGCUCGCAUUCCCGCGUUUGUUCACUGUUUCGUGGCCUCUGCAUGGAGAACGACAACACCUCGUUCAAGGUCUCCACCAUGGCAAUCUCGGACUUGUGGGAGAAGAUGCUGGGCAUCGGCUCGGGCUGGUUCGCGCUGGUCGUCCUUGCUUGUGCGGGAUGCGGCCUCCGAGCCCGAAGAAUGCCAGAGAUCACUGCCCAGAGCAAGGGAGGGAGCACGGAAGACACGAGCACCGAGAGCAGCUCUCACUUUCUGGAUUGGUGGAGCGAUGGUCCGUUUCGGAUUACUUUGGCCUCCUUGAAAGUCUUUGUCACAGCGCUGCUGCUCGUGGAGCUCCUCGGCUUGGCCGCGCCAGAGGAGGACGUCCUCACUUUGCCUGAGAUCAUCCGCCGAGUCCGCGCUCACCCCUACGGGAAGAAUCCCGCACUGGGCUUCCUUUCGGGCUUCACCGUGGCCGAUGCACAGCUACUGCCCCACCUGACCUACCUCUUCAUGCCCAACCUCAACGACAGCACAGCUGACAGCUACGCCGCAGUGUUCUCCGUUUUGCGAACCUCGCUGCUCACGUCCUGGUGCGCUUUCCUUGCGCUUCCCAGCUCUUGGAGGUCUUCUUGGGCCUGCUUUGUCUGGGGAGCCGCGGUCUACGUGGUCAUGGCGAGCUUGAUCAUCAUGUACAUCCCUUGCUACGACAGCCACGCCACCUGCUUCUUCCUUGUGGCAGCCUGCAUGGUGCCGUCUUUGGAGACGAGCCAGCGGUCCCAAGCGUGGCUGGGGAAGUUCCUCCUGGUCAGCCUGCUUGCGCCCUUCUAUCUGUCUGCAGGGGUGUCGAAGCUCCGUUAUGGAGGCUGGGCCUCCAUGCUCUCCGGGAGCUGGCUGAAGCCGACUCUGGCUGCGAUGGUGGACAGGUCUAUCUUUCCAGGUUUGAAUACGUGGCUCUCGCAGUCGACCUGGGCGCCAGCCAUGAUGUCCUUCGGAGUGUUGUCAGCAGAGUUCUUGCUCCCUGUUUUGGUGCUUUACACUGCGAGCUCCAGCACGGACUUCAGCCGCUGGCUGCGAACCUGUUGGAUCUUGCUAGUGGCAUUAUUUCAUGUCGUGUGCUGGGCACUGGUUGGUCCAAACUUCGUACGCCAAACAGCUUUGCUGAUGCUGUCGUGUUAUUCUGUUUGGCUUUGGCAUCCGACCAAUGGCGCCGACAAAGAAGUCAUUGAUGUCAGCCAGACGAGAGCUUGGUUAUGUCGUGUUGGCUACGCCGUGGUCCUGAUGAUGCUGUGGCUUUGCAAUCAGCUGUGGUCAGAUAUUGACCACAUCCGUGGUGCAACACCGCAUGAUUCCUACCACGACAUGCUUUGGCCUGUCGGAGAGCUUUCCAUGUACGUCGUUCCUUCGACCUCCUCCAACUACGUUCGCUCGCUUUUCCUUGAGAUUGUCAUUGCCUCCGUGAUCUGCCUGAGGAUAUUUACCGAUGUUUCACAGCGCACUCUACCAGGCAAGGGCGGGACGUAG